AAGAGAAACAGAGCGCUAGCGUGGUGUAUACACAGGCUCUGUAUGAGAGAGGGAGAGGGGUGGGAGAGGAGAGAUCGAGAAACGAGAAGAAAAGAGCACGGACAAAGCAAGAUCAGCAGGGCCUGAUGCAUAACAAUAAGACUAAAUGAAUUUUCCCAAGUUAGGAGAAGUGCUACAAGCGGAAAUAAGAAAGAGAGCUCAUCGGUUCCUCCUGAUGCCACGUGGAUACAAGAAAGUGUGGACAGAGAAGGGCAGAAACAGUACCUGUGUGCUCUGGAACUGAUGACAACAAGACUGAUGCAAGGAUGCUUAUCAUUUCUGAAAUAAAGGACUGACUGUCGUUUUCCUCGAAAAUGUGUGUGAGUAAAAUGUUUGUGAGUAACUGACGCACUUAUCUGACUAAAGAAAACAGAUUGCCUCUUUGAUUAAGUGUUCCUUGAACGGCUGUGAGUGUGAUACUUCAGGCGAGUGCACACUUAUGUUAACCGAGUUGGACUUCCUUGAAGAUCUUCCAUCAAUCUGUAGAAACCAGCUUGUCUUGAUUUAAGGUGUAUCUGCCACAAUAGGAGCAUCACGACUUCAAGGCAAAACAGAGUUUUAAGAGAAGAGAAGAGCAAAUGGUGGUAUUGGUCCGGCAUGGGGUAGGAGCAACUGCUGGCCACUGGUCAACUCCUGAAAGCUCUCUACCCUGUGGGAACUUUCUACCACACUCAAAAGUGGAGCAGUACUAAGAUCCCAUGUGCUGAGACAGCUGCAGACAGGCAAAUAGGCAAAGCUAAAGUGGUGGAUCUAUCUGAUGGUUGGAGUUAAUCUCUGACUUCUCGGAGAUGUUGUGGACUACACUAUAAGAUUAAAGUGUGCUUUAGAUCACAUCUGUUCUGGAGCAGUGCUCUCACUGUGUGGACUACCCCUGUAGCACUCUGGCUGCUCCGUCAACCUCCAGCAGCCUCCUGACGGCACGAUGCUGUGUGCUCUGGGUGUGGCCGCACCUCUGAUGCUAAGUUCACUCGUGCUGCACUUGGCCAGGGCUGCCCUACAUCCCGGAUGCCUCAAAGUAUCCGACAUCCUUAGCUGCAGCAAUCUCGGGUUGGAGCAGGUACCCAAACAGUUGCCUGCAACAGCUGCCACAUUGGAUUUCAAUCACAACCACCUGGUAAGGUUAGAAGAGGGCAGCUUUGCUGGUCUACCCCAUCUCGUAACCCUACGAUUGGCCCACAACCAGUUGAGUGACCUCUCCCCUGGAACCUUCCGAAAUACAAGCAGCUUGCGUCACCUUGACCUGUCCUCCAACCAGCUGUACAAGGUGGAUAAUUUUUACUUUCAGGAGCUGGCAGGCAUGGAGGAGUUGCUUCUCUUCAACAAUCACAUUGUUAGAGUUGAAAGCAAUGCCCUGAUCAGCCUAGUCAACCUGCGCAAGGCCUACCUCAGCCACAAUCGUUUGACCGACUUCCCAUUCUUCUCCAUUCAGGAGCACAGCCAUCCGUUCCUUGUCACACUGGACCUAAGCUCCAACCGCAUGCCCAAGCUUCCCCUUGAGGACAUCGCAGCUCUGCCAGUCUCAGUGCAGAGUGGGCUGUUCUUGCAUAACAACAGCCUGAUCUGCGAGUGUGCAAUGUAUGUCAUGUUCAAACGAUGGGAGCAGAAAGGCUUCAACUCCGUCAAGGACUACAGAGAGGAGCACACAUGCUUAGUAUAUGGAGAACCUCGUGCCUCAGUGCAGUUCCUUGAACACACUCGUUUUUUUGAAAACUGCUCCAUAAAGUUACCAGGCCUGUUGGUAGACAUCGAGAGUACUUUGCAAGUGUAUGCUGGAGAAUCUGCGCUACUGGAAUGCCAAACAUCUUUAAAGGGGAGGCAUCUCACCUACCAGUGGGUGUCCCCUCACCAGGAAUUUAUAGCCCCACCAGGAAACAACAAUACAAUGCGCAUGUAUGCAAAUGGAAGCCUAGAGAUUCUUGCCGCACGAGUAGAGGACUCCGGUGUUUAUUGGUGCAUGGUGCUAGACCGCCAGCAGUCACGUAAUGAGACUCGGGAGGUAAAUGUAACAGUGAUUAUGCGGCACCAUGAGGUCGAACCCUUCAACACUGGCUUUACCACUCUGCUGGGAUGUGUGGUUAGCCUGGUGCUGGUCCUCAUGUACCUUUAUUUGACUCCCUGCCGCUGCUGGUGCCGCAAGCAGGCGCCACCUGCCACACCCAGUCCUGCGAAUGAAUGCAGCGCCCAGUCUUCGAUCCUGACGCCCACGCCGCCUGCCACCACUGAGGGUCCCGGCCGCAAGGUCAGUAACAACAAGCAUGUGGUCUUUCUGGAGCCAAUCAAGGAGGCACAGAAUGGGAGGCCAAGGGAUGCACUGGCCUCUGAGCAUCCAAAGCUGCACGUACUGCGAAGUGAUGCUGACUCUGUCACCUCGGUUUUUUCAGACACCACUAUUGUGCCAUAACAUGAGCUUGCCCUCACCUCCCCCUACCCCUAACUCCACUAAAAUAGUGGGCCCUUCAAUGUGGCAGUCUGCAACUCGUACUGCCUCUCAGGACAGAACAGGGAGAGGGCUUUUCAAGUCCAUGGGCAAGACAGGGAGCAGAGAAGCGAGGUAGAGAAAACACAAGAAAGCAGAGAAUAGAAAGAAAAAAAAUACAGGUAAGGAAAUCUAUGGAGCAGAACACUGCCCAGAACAUGUACACAGAGCUUAAGGCUUGAAGGAGCCACAGUGGCUCAGAGGAAGGUACGCAUGAUGCUUUUGGAUGCAAAUACAGAACACUGAGGGCAGACCUGCCCUUUUAGCACUGCUUGAGCCUUGAAGGAAUGAUAGCUGUACAGUAGAUGCCUUGUUUAGAGCUUAUAAGCCACUGCCUUGUACUGUAUAACCAUAAUUCUACUAAAAAUAGCACAAGUUAUUAGAGCGAAUGGGAUGUGAUAGUUAUGCAGACAUUUUUUUUAUAGAGGUCUAAAAUGUGGAAUCAGAUUUUUAUCCACGCUUAAUUUUAUACUCAUGUUUCCCCCCUCGUAGCCAUUUUGAUUGUGAGAGCGUGUAGAAAAGGGAUUGUUCACAUCCUGCAGAUAUAAGGAUUCAACAGAGAAGAAUUGUCCAUGACUACACUUCAAGAUGAGCUGAGCUGUUUAUCAAGUUUGUUAUUGAUGUAACUAGACUGAAAGGACAAUGUGAAACAGUCUACACUGGAAUACCCCACCCCCCCUUUAACAUUCCACCUCCCCUUAUUCCCACUAUCCCGUUUCCUCCUGUUUUUUUCCACAGACCCCUUCUUUUUCGGUCUCUUAAUAAAUCAUUCUGCUUCGA